UAUACCCGAUACAUCAAUGAAGGGCUGGAUUUCAGAUUACCUGUUCCGUGGAUUCGUGGUACGAAAUGUUUUUCUACUGGUUAAUAUCGGGGAAACAAGAGCUGUAUGUGACUUCGACCCACCUGUUGUGCCGGGGAGAGGAACAUGUUCUACCGAUAGUGCCAUGAUGUCUGCCGUGUCACUUCCGAUCUGUAGCUCCACCUGCCUUGCCGAGGCCGUGUGCAUAGCCUUUUCCCACAAUUCCAUCACCAAUCGCUGUUUGCGUCAUACAUGUCUGACAACAAUGGCGUCAAACAGUAAUUAUGGUUAUUACGUCAAAAACUGCAAGCCAGAAACAACUACAACCCCGGAAACGACAACUACAACACCGGAAACGACAACUACAACACCGGAAUCAACUACAACAACUUCAGAAACGACAACUACAACAUCGGAAACGACCACUACAUCACCGGAAUCAACUACAACAACAACGGAAACGACAACUACAACUCCAGAAACGACAACUACAACACCGGAAACGACAACUACAUGUACAACAGCAGAAACGACGACUACAACCCCGGAAACGACAACUACAACACCGGAAACGACAACUACAACACCGGAAACAACAACUUCGACGUCAGAUACAAUUACUACAGCCUAUGAAAUGACAACACACUCGCCCGAUUUAUCGACUGUACAACCGUCCCGUGGAACUUCUGCUAUGUGGACAGCGCGCAUGUCCGAUCGUGUGAUGGACACGGACGUUGUCUUCUUCCGGUCUGACGUCACACUUGUAGCUUGUACAGCCAUGUGUUCGUCUAACAGUUCUUGUGUAGCCGUGUUCUAUGACUUUAUAGCAAGGUCGUGCCAAGGUCAUCUUUACGCAUACUCACUUGAUUCUCCUGGACUCAGAGUUAAAAUAAGAUCAGUUCAUUUCAUCAGGAAUUACUAAAUAGGAUCAGUUCAUUUCAUCAGGAAUUUCUAAAUAGGAUCAGUUCAUUUCAUCAGGAAUUACUAAAGAGGAUCAGUUCAUUUCAUCAGGAAUUACUUAAUAUUCAACAAUUAAUGAAUGAAAAAUAAAGCAAGCAAUGAUAUACAUACCAAACAUGGGAACUCGCUUAAUUCGAAUACUA